AUGUCCGAUGAUUCCAAACCCAAAUACGUCUACAAGCUCAUCCCAUCCUCCUCUCUGGUCCCCGAGCAUGCCCAACUCCCUGAUGCUCUGCCCGUGAGCGACCUCGACCAGUCCUCCGGGUUCAUACAUCUGUCCACGGCGACCCAGGUGCCAGGCACUCUCAAGUUUUUCUUCAAAGACGUCUCGCGCGUCUACGUCCUGCGCAUCGUGUACGAUAAGGUUGAGGAUAAAAUUAGAUGGGAGGAUCCGCAGGCGCAGGUCUGCGGAGCGCGUGGCGGCGAAGGGGUGUUUCCACAUCUGUACAAUGGGUUGAGGCUUGGUAAGGACGAAGUUGAGAGAGUAGAGACCCUAGAGAAGGGCGAUGACGAUUGGGGUCAAGCGGUUCAUAGUGCUUCAUGGCUCGUUUGGUAG